AUGAGAAAGAUGUCAGAGGAAGAGGAGUUUUAUCUGUUCAAAAAUCUCUCUUCAGUGGGGCCGUGGGAUGGGCCUCAGUACCACAUUGCCCCUGUCUGGGCCUUCUACCUCCAGGCAGCUUUCAUGGGCACUGUCUUCCUUAUAGGGUUACCACUCAAUGCCAUGGUGCUGGUGGCCACAGUGCGCUACAAAAAGUUGCGGCAGCCCCUCAACUACAUUCUGGUCAACGUGUCCUUGGGAGGCUUCCUCCUCUGCAUCUUCUCUGUCUUCCCUGUCUUUGUCGCCAGCUGUAAAGGAUACUUCGUCUUUGGUCGCCACGUUUGUGCUUUGGAGUCCUUCCUGGGCACUGUAGCAGGUCUGGUGACAGGCUGGUCACUGGCCUUCCUGGCCUUUGAGCGCUACAUUGUCAUCUGUAAGCCCUUCGGCAACUUCCGCUUCAGCUCCAAGCAUGCACUGACGGUGGUCCUGGCUACCUGGACCAUUGGUAUUGGCGUCUCCAUCCCACCCUUCUUUGGCUGGAGCCGGUUCAUCCCUGAGGGCCUGCAGUGUUCCUGUGGCCCUGACUGGUACACCGUGGGCACCAAAUACCGCAGCGAGUCCUAUACGUGGUUCCUCUUCAUCUUCUGCUUCAUUGUGCCUCUCUCCCUCAUCUGCUUCUCCUACACUCAGCUGCUGAGGGCCCUGAAAGCUGUUGCAGCUCAGCAGCAGGAGUCAGCUACAACCCAGAAGGCUGAACGGGAGGUGAGCCGCAUGGUGGUUGUGAUGGUAGGAUCCUUCUGUGUCUGCUACGUGCCCUAUGCAGCCUUCGCCAUGUACAUGGUCAACAACCGUAACCAUGGGCUGGACUUACGGCUUGUCACCAUUCCUUCAUUCUUCUCCAAGAGUUCUUGCAUCUACAAUCCCAUCAUCUACUGCUUCAUGAAUAAGCAGUUCCAAGCUUGCAUCAUGAAGAUGGUGUGUGGGAAGGCCAUGACAGACGAAUCCGACAUAAGCAGCUCCCAGAAAACAGAAGUUUCUACUGUCUCGUCUAGCCAAGUUGGCCCCAACUGAGGACCCAAUAUUGGCCUGUUUGCAACAACUAGAAUUAAAUUUUAAGUAAGUUUCUAUUGUCUCCGCCAGAAACCACACUACUAAAAACACAAAAAAGAUGGUAAGAGGAGUGAUGGCAGUUUGGGGAGUCAAUUUUUCAUUUUCUUACUAUUGCCUUCUUGCCCACAAAGCUACUGUUUCCACUGGGUCUAUUUCAGACCACCGAAAGGCCAUUUCAACAAUCAUCAGUUUCUACUCCUAAGUGGCACCAUUCACAGCACUUGGAGAACUGAUUUCUACAUACAAGGCAACUAAAAAGGAAUACAGCUUUAAGUUUUCAGUAUAUGUAUACUUUCCUUUUUAGUAACUUUUUUUUUUUUUCCCUGCUGGGGAUCCAUUCUGAGAUGAUAUAUGCUGAAUUAGAACAAACUUAAGAAAACACCUUAGAAAUGGGAAAGACAUAAAGAAAAAAACCCCCCCAAAACAAAAAACCUUAGUGGUCCCAAAUAUGUUUGAAAGAACUUCUGGAUAACUGCUACAGCUUUGGCAGGAACAGCCAUGUCCACAAGCCCCUGAGCAAGCACAAAUUAUUCCAGGUGCUUCCUCCCCAUUGCAUUUGGCUAAACCUUUGUAUUUGUCUUAAACGGUGUGUUUACUGAAGUUAAUAGUUUAAUUCUCUUGAGGUUCUCAAAAUGAAUUUGCAAGUCUUAGUACCAUUUGUAAACAACACCAUAAUGUUAACUAAAAUUGUUUU